CGCCCGGCCCCCGCGCUCUUGCCCGCAGCCUUCGUCACUUUAAAAUAUGAAAGUCCAUCAGCCAUUCUUCCAAACGGCUUGUCUCGUGGCUGUCGCAAACUUGCUGACAGCCGGGGUAGUUGGCUUGGGCGCAGGAAUUCAAGCCGGAACUGUUACAAGACUCGAUAAUAGACUAGGCCUUGAUGCUGGACCGCCGAAGGGGAGUGUCGGGCUCGGCAAAGUGGUCCCCGCGGUCCUCAUCGGCUACGGAACCAUUGCCAGCAGUGAGGGUCGAAGUCGAGAACCCGAGGGUAGUAGAAAUCCCGGCGGUGGUCUGUUCUAUGGGGAGAUCGACCCGACGGGACGCAAGGGAACCGCACAGACCUCUUCUUCGGGGCCGGAGGACGACACCGUUGUGGUGCAUCUCGGAAACGGAAGCUUUGGGAUCGCGAGGAAAAGUUGAUUCUGAAGGUUGGUAACGAGGAUGAAGUUAAUAAAUUGUUUUUUAAGAA